UUCUAAACCAAAAGAGCCAAGAGUAAAAAUACAUGGCCUUCGUUCAACUUCAACCAUGACCAGAGCCAAGAGGAUCAACCAUGACAAAGUGUUUGAAUGAAGAACUGGAGACUGAAGCCACCGCCAUGGUGAGAGGAAAGAGAACCUCUUCACAUCGCGCCAUGGUGACUAAUGGCUCGACUGCGACAGAAAGCUUGCAGAGAUCUGCUCUGAAAGAUUUGGAGCCUAGAAUCUCAACCCUGCAUAUGCAUGAAUUUCCCAAGAACACUGGUUUGUUUAUAUGCGGGGACGUCAUGGUUUGUAUUCUAUCUGCCCUUCCUGUAAGAUCCAUUGUCAGGUUCAAACGUGUAUCCAAAUCAUGGAAACAACUGCUCUCCUCCCCUUUCUUUAUUCAAUUCCAUUAUCUGAAACCUCCGUCCUCAUCUGAUCCAUCUGCCAUUUUAACACUAAGGAAUAGAUUGUUCAGUUUUAGUCUCUCUGAACUAGAGGCAUGCAGCAAAGUACCCAUGAGGGAGCUGAUGUUCGGUAGAGCUUCCGAAGAGGAGGGUAAGCAACAACUGUUUGUGCGGUUGUCUGCGUCUAGCCAUGGUUUGGUAUGCUUUAUAGCAUCGACUGUGCUAGGCUAUAGUUUAACCUUUUGUGUCUGCAACCCCAUGACUCGAGAAUUCUUUACCCACCCUAGGCUCAGGAUCAGGGAUCCUGGCAAGCAACUUGUGCUUAAAGGCUUUGGAUUUCAAUUCGAUCCUCACAACCAAACUUUUAAGAUACUGUUAUGUGCAAUGAUAUGUGGUAUGGCAUACAGCCUGCCAAUUGAGAUACAGUAUCACUUGUUCGAUUCUUCGACACGAUUGUGGAAGAGGGUUCUGGAUCCCCCUCUAGAUUCCGGGUAUCCUAUCUCCCCAUGUGAUGCAACCUAUCUUUGCACAGGCGGAGCUUGUUACGAAGUAUUUAUCAAUAAUCACUUUCGAAGAAGUGUAGCGAUUUUCGAUAUGGACAAAGAGGUGUGGGAAAUCAUUGCUCUCCCUUUGCAAGUUGCAGAAACUCUUUCAAGACUUUCGGCUUCUGAAGCAAUUUCCUGCAAAUUGGUAAGUUGGAGAAAGAAGGUAUGCUUUAUUCAUGCAUUCGGAAAUGGAAAGUUGGGAAUAUGGAGUUUGAGUGAAGAGAAGAAGUGGAAGCAAGUCACCAUUGAAGCUGAUGUUGGCAACUUCACCUUCUUGCAGAGUCGAGGACGCAAUGUGAGACCCGGGAUGGAUGUGAUUUUGCAGCAGCAUGCUCUCCUCGUCUCGAAAAAGAAGGCGAGGGGCCUCGAGAUCUACUUGCACAAGGAUUUCAAGAAGAGCGGUGGGGUAAAGAAGAUUAAGUGGCCUUAUGGGGAAGAAAAUGACUCAUUCAUCAACAUCAUACCUUAUGAGCCAUCACUCUUCAGCUGUAAAUUUCUGUUGCACAACAAUUGA